UCUCUCAUCCCCGUCGUCUCCUUCCCUGUUUCUUCUCCAGCGCUCGAUCUCCACCCUCCGCCUCUCACAAAAAUAAAGAAAAAUAAUUCCCCACCCUUUCCACCCCCCCGCGCACGCGCCAACUGCCAAACAAAUAAAGGGUUUCGGCGCCUGCAGCGAGAGGGCAGGAAGGAUGGCGGAGGCUCCACCGGCGAGCCCCGGAGGCGGAGGCGGGAGCCACGAGAGCGGCGAGCAGAGCCCUCGAGCCGGGGUUGGCGUCCGGGAGCAGGAUCGGUUCCUCCCGAUCGCCAAUAUCAUCCGGAUCAUGAAGAAGGCGCUCCCCGCCAACGCCAAGAUCGCCAAGGACGCCAAGGAGACCAUGCAGGAGUGCGUCUCCGAGUUUAUCAGCUUCGUCACCAGCGAGGCGAGUGACAGAUGCCAGAAGGAGAAGAGGAAGACGAUCAACGGGGACGAUCUGCUGUGGGCGAUGGCGACGUUGGGGUUUGAGGAGUACAUCGAGCCACUGAAACUGUAUCUGCAGAAAUAUCGUGAGGUACUCUGCUCCUUUCGGGGUUACGUUUUACCUUUUAAUGUAUUUAGCGAUCAUUCUUGAUUUGGUUUUCUUGUG